AGUUGGAGCACACCACAAUGGUGAAGCUGGCAGCAGUCCUUUGCUACGUAGGUGGUUUUCUGCUUACAGCAGCAGCAGGUGAUGGUGAUUUUGAAUUAGCUGACGCUCUUGACCCUGGUUUGCCCACCAGGCGACCGAAUCCAGCUACUAAAAAGCCACCUAUGGGUGGAACGAGACCCCGACCACAACUGUAUCCGGAUCUUAGACCAUAUUCAGAUGACCAUGGAAAUGGCGGUGGCAACCCCAGACCCAAUAUGUAUCCUGACCAUAAACCACAGUCAGGUGACCAUGGGAAGGAUGGUGAUUUUACUGACUUGGAUCUCAAUGAUGGGAAACCUCUACCUCCAUCAGGUGGGAGAGAUCACAUUGAAAGUCAUGGUGGAAAUACUGUGGAUUCUAGUUCAACAGCUCAGAUUACAUCCCCAGUCGUGGCUGUGGUUGUGCUGUUGUGUGCAGGAGCAGUUUUUGGCUAUACUGCUUACAAGCAAAAGAGAUACUGUUUCAAGUCUAGAGGUGGGCCGGUAGUCUAAAACUCAGGAGAGUAACUGAGAAACAUUGGCUUGUAGAAGAUCAUCCAAACCUUAAUGCACUCUCUUAGCGUUAUGUAUAAAUUCCCUCGUUCUGGUUUUGUGCAAUAUGACAUUUUACUUGGGUGAAAACUGAAAAGUGGUCUUUCAAAGCUGAGGCUAAUUAAAGAUAUAAGUGCGGAAGUGUUCUGAUACUAUAAAGUAUUUCUAAAAAGCAUGUUUGAUUUUAUUGUCUUUUAUCUAUAAUUUCUAUUUAUGCUUGGGUAAAUGCAACAUAGUUAAUAUAGUGGUGGUUGUUUGGGGCAACAUUUACAUUUUUGUCAUAAAUUCACAAAAUCAUGAUAAAUGUU